GAAACUCAGCGUUUGCUGGCAGAGCCUGUCCCAGGCAUCAAGGCAGAGCCAGAUGAAGGCAACGCCCGCUACUUCCAUGUGGUCAUUGCCGGACCUCAGGACUCGCCUUUCGAGGGGGGCACAUUUAAACUUGAACUCUUUUUACCAGAGGAAUAUCCCAUGGCAGCUCCUAAAGUACGCUUCAUGACCAAAAUAUAUCAUCCCAAUGUAGACAAGCUGGGAAGAAUAUGUCUAGACAUUUUGAAAGAUAAAUGGUCGCCAGCUCUGCAGAUUCGUACAGUGCUGCUCUCAAUCCAGGCGUUACUAAGUGCACCCAACCCCGACGAUCCCCUAGCAAAUGACGUUGCAGAGAAGUGGAAGUCAAGUGAAGCUGAAGCCAUAGAAACAGCCAAGUCAUGGACCAGGCUUUAUGCUGGAAGCAAAAACGAAGUGUAGAGCAGCCUAACAACAAGUGGAGAUACAAGUGGAAGUGAAGUGUGAACACAACUCCUCACGUUCUGCCAAGACCUCUUCCAACUUCAUUUGCAUUUAAAGGACACAGUCUUAAAUAAAUAUAUAUAUAUAUACAUAUAUAUUAUGAAAUAAACAUGAAUAUAUUGUAAAGGAAAAAAAACAAAACAACUGCUGACAAUUGGUGAUUUAAAUGCACACUCGUAAUGAAAUCACUCGUCGUUGUCCUAACUCACUACUGUUUAAAUGCAUGGGCAAAGGUUUUAGAUCUACUCACCUGGCUUUCUUUGUCCAUUGAUUUUGGGAGGCUUUUGCCAACUGCUGCUUACAAGCACGUUUUAGGGGAGGAAAGAGGGACCGACAUCCCACAUUUUCGUUGGGUUUGGGGGCGUUCCAGAGCUGUGGAGUAGGGUGUGGAGGAGACACUGGCUAGAAGUGCUCAAUAUUGUAUACUAUACCUUUUAACUUUGUUUUCUCGUGUCGCUGUUUGUUUAUUAAAAGCAGCUAACUACUACUAGCCCAUUGUAUGUAGACACUCACCUGGAGGCGCACCAGUGUUUCGUCCUGCGUAGACGGCCGAGCAGGACGCUAAACAAUCGUAGCAAUACUUUUUCCUCUUUAAGUCACAUUUGGCUGCAGUAAAUACAAAAUAUGACUAAAAACUAAACUGAGCCUGCCACAGUCACAUUACCUUUUACGACCUCUCUCAGUGGAUUGUGGAUGUUGUGGGAGAGAGUGGAGGGUAAGGUGGACAUUGUGGACCAUUCCUUAGUUUUAGCACUUUUUUUUUUUUUACUGUAUCCAGUCUUUUAUAUGUGAAUCUUUCUUGCAGUUGCCAUACUAACCACUCUGCUUCCCCCCCUCCUUUGUCAUCACAGUCUAAUGCUACAAGACUCAGUGGUUAACUUCUUCCAAUGGCAUUUAUUUCACAAGGCAGUGGUUACAUUUCAGCAGUCAGUUGUUUGAUGAUGUGAUGGGUGGGGGUUGGUGACCCGUAUGACAGGAGAUGCUGGAUCAUGCUCCAGAAUAUCUAUGGAGGCUUUGUCUCUGUCACGACUAGUUUUUGGCUGAAAAAGUCUGUAUUCAAUUCACUGUUUGUAAAUUCAUUCUUUCUAUUAAUCUGGGGAUGGAAUGUUUUCCUGCUCUCACGGCGGGUUCACACCGAAAGGUCCGGUUCCUGAAUCGAACCAGUGCGGGGAUAAUACAUCGUUUCACUUUUUCCAACUGGUCCGGUUUACGCUCACAAAGGCAAAACUCAGACUAAAAUUCCCUCUCAGACUGAAAUUGUUGGAUUGUUGAGGAGGCAGCUCACUGAGGAGUGGUUAAAAUUUGUAAUUCCAGAAACGACACACGC